AUGAGCCAAAUUAUUCCUGAAUUUAAUCCUACCAUUCCUCCUCCUACUCUUCCUUUGAAGACACUGAUGGAACAACCAUCAUCACCUCCAGCUCUUCCUCUGAAAACAGUGACGGAACAACCAUCACCACCUCAGAAUGUUCCUUUAAAGGCAGUUAUAGAACAACCAUCCCAACCUACGGCUCUUCCUUUGAAUACAGAGAAAAUGGUACAACCACCAACAGCUUUUCCUGAAAAGCUUCUUUGGAAACUUGUAAAAGGGAAAACUGUUCUGCAAUAUCACCUUUGCUAUGUCAAAGGACAAAAUAGUGCGCAAUGGUGA